CUGGUGUCUGUUAAGAUUUGACUUCCUUUUAAAAGCUUUAUCACAUUCAGAACACUGAUAUGGAUUCUCUCCAGUGUGAAUCCUCUGGUGUUCGAUAAGACUUGACUUCAUUGUAAAAGCUUUAUCACAUUCAGAACAUUGAUAUGGCUUCUCUCCAGUGUGAACAAUCUGGUGUGUGAUAAGCUCUGACUUUGUUUUAAAAGCUUUAUCACAUUCAGAACAUUGAUGUGGCUUUGCUCCAGUGUGAAUCCUCUGGUGUAUGAGAAGAUAACCCUUCCAUCUAAAGGUUUUAUUACAUCAGAACACUGAUAUGGCUUCUCUCCAGUGUGUGAAUCCUCUGGUGUGUCAGAAGAUUACAUUUCAUUGCAAAAGCUUUAUCACAUUCAGAACACUGAUAUGGCUUCUCUCCAGUGUGAAUCCUCUGGUGUUUCAUAAGAUUACAUUUCAUUGCAAAAGCUUUAUCACAUUCAGAACACUGAUAUGGCUUCUCUCUAGUGUGGACCCUCUGGUGUGUGAUAAGUUGAUCCUUCAAUGUAAAGGUUCUAUCACAUUCAGAACACUGAUAUAGCUUCUCUCCAGUUGUGACCCUUCUGGUGUGUGGUAUGUUUUUGCCUUCAUUGUAAAACCU